CUUAUAUCAUCUCGAUCUUAAUUGCCCUGGCCCAAGCGCAGCGUCAUGAGCCAGUGGUAGAAAGAUCGUGUUCAAUGAACAGCAAUGCAGGGGUCGUUCAGGAUGCAACCAAGUCUAUGAAGGUCACUGUUCUCACCACCCCCGCUGGAGAGGUCGAUUUUCUAUGCGUGUACACGGCUACUAUCCCGGCUGAGUUUCUUGAUCGAUUGGAUGCGCCCUCGCAGCCGUUGGAUAGCCCUUGUGUUUCAGUGAAAAACUUUUAUAUUUCUCUAAAACCAGCACGGGAUGCCCUGCAGAACCUACACCGUCUGAUCUGUACUGGUUCAUGCUCUUUAUGUGCCGAUGCCCAGCCUACAGAUCCCGGGGUCGCGAAGUGAAAUCAUCAGUCGUUAUUGAGACGAGCCAAUAGAUCAGGAACUACGAAGAUUGAUUGGGGCGUGUCUCAGAAAAUCAAGUGUAUUGUGAGGAAAAGAUGCAUUACUUUCAGUCUCCCCUAUUUCUGAACUACGAAUUCUCGUGGCAGACGUUCGACAGUGAACGCUCUCCACGAUAUUGCCACAGGUGGGUCUACAAACCGCUGGAAAUACCAAGGAAGGUAUGAACUCAAUUCAUGAAGAGG